CCGAAACCAUGGUGAUUGUUCCUACCCGAGUUACAAAACAUGGUACACAGUCCAUGGUGCUAGUUUCGUUAAGAUCCUGUAGCUUACCGUUCCAAUGGACUGACACCAGUCAGCAGAGAUGCUGCUUAAAGAUAUUCCCAGAGAGGCCCUGAUGCGGCCGUUAUCCAGGAAUGAAGUGGUGGGCAUGCUGUUGAGGCUAACCAUCUUUGGCGCAGUGACCUACUACGGCAUCAAGUGGGUUGUAGAAGCUAUGGACCCUACAUGCAAACAGAAAAACCAAGCCAAGAAAAGGGCAGAACAGUUGAUGAAGAAGAUUGGCAUCGAGGGGGUCAAACUAACAGAGUAUGAGAUGAACAUUGCAGCUCACCUAGUUGAUCCGCAAACUAUGAAGGUGUCCUGGAGAGACAUAGCAGGUUUGGAUGAGGUUAUCAAUGAGCUGCAAGACACAGUCAUCCUGCCCUUUCAGAAAAGACACCUUUUAGCUGGAUCCAAACUCUUUCAGCCUCCUAAAGGUGUUUUAUUGUUUGGACCACCAGGAUGUGGGAAGACCAUGAUCGCCAAGGCAACAGCCAAAGCCUCGGGCUGCAAGUUUAUCAACCUUCAGGCCUCCACACUGACAGACAUGUGGUACGGCGAAUCACAGAAGCUGACUGCUGCCGUCUUCUCACUGGCUGUCAAAAUCCAGCCUUGCAUCAUCUUCAUUGAUGAGAUGGAGUCAUUUCUGAGGAACCGCUCUAGCCUGGACCACGAGGCCACAGCCAUGAUGAAGGCUCAGUUCAUGAGCCUGUGGGACGGCCUGGAUACUUCCUCAACCACCCAGGUGAUGGUGAUGGGAGCUACCAACAGGCCACAGGACGUGGAUCCAGCCAUCCUGCGCAGGAUGCCCGCCACUUUUCACGUUGGCUUGCCAAGCACAAGACAAAGACAGGACAUCCUGAGGUUGAUUUUAGCAGGCGAAAACCUGAGCAAUGCCAUUAAUCUGAGGGAGAUUUCUGAGAAGACAGAUGGUUACUCCGGCAGUGACCUCCGGGAGCUUUGCCGCGACGCUGCCAUGUACCGAGUCCGGGACUAUGUCCGCAAGGAGCAGAUGAGGCAGAUCGCUCAGCAGCUACAGGACUGCCAGGAGGAGGAAAGACCAGUGGAUGAGGAGCGGUUGCGGCCGGUGACCCAGCUGGACCUCCUCUUCGGCCUGGACAAGAUGAAGGAAUCUAAGCGAGCCACAGCUUCCAUGUUACCAAGUGUGUCGGAGGUGCCUCUGGACUAAACGCCACCGGCGUGAAGCGUUUCCUUUUCUCUUUUGUCCAGUGUGUUUCACCUUGCCAAGCAGAGGCUCAUCCAACAUGCCAGAGGUGCAGUUGGAAAAGCCACCAAGCAGCCAUACAUUUCUUUCUCAGUUUAUUUAUCCAGGCAGGGGUUGUUCUGAGCAUGCUGAUUUUCUGCACUAUCCUGCUCUGUUAAGUUUAUACAUUCAGAAAUGAGGUAGCAGAACAAAACUGCUCUGUGGCUGCUACAACUUUUUUUUUUUUUUUUUUUCUUUUUUUUUUGGAGACUUCAAAAGUUUUAAAGAUUGGUCAAAAGGCUUGAAACAACAAGUUUCUACAGAAACUCAAAUAUUGUUCCCAGGACACGAUGUCGGUCCAUCUUGAAUAUUGUAUUAACAGGUAGAACCACUAGUUCUUAUGUUAUAUUUCCAGUAGAUAAGAUGCUUCACAGUGGCCUGAACCACUGGGUGCUUUGUGGCAUGUAAACAUGCAUCUCAGCAGCUCACUUUAUUUAGCGUCUAUAAAUCUGUAAUCAGAAUGAAUUCAGUCGGGUUGAAGAAAUAAUGUCCAUGUAACUGUAGCUUAUGUCUCGCUCAAGGUCAUGUUGAAAGUUUGUUUUGAAGAGGAGAAAGCAUUUGCUGGUAACAUAAACCACACGGCUCUAAGGCUUCAUAUACUGUCCCACCACAGAUUUGCACAUCAUGACCUUUCAUUGGUCAUUCAAAGUCUGGACCGCCAGACCAGUUGAAUCAUUUUGAGGUUUGCUGGCUGAUUUAUUAAAUCACUCCAGUUUUUCUAAUACAUACAAACACAUGUAUGAAUAACAGAGACUUAAAUCAUUUUAAAGUAAUAUUAUCCAAGCACUUUGGGAGAAAUGAUCACAUUACACUAUGUUCUCUGUAAAUGUUGUGUGAUAGCAAAUUACUGAUUAAUGCAUUUCAGUAAUAUCACUUCCAAAAAACAAGGUGUUCAGGAUUAUCAGUGUCCAAUCAAAGAAUGAGUUCUUAUGAAUGUGGUGUUCUUUUUUUAAAAAUGGCCGAUUUAAGUUUAAUUAUUUUAAAAACCUCUGGAGAUAACAAGAAUUGCUUUCGACAGUCUUUCACAGUGUUUUUUAAUGUUUGUUUGAUUGCAUCUUUGCUUUUAAAAGCAAGAGAGGAUGCGUUUAGUCAGCAUGAUGUUGUAACUGGAAACUGCCGUGAUGCGAUAGUCAUCAUGUAAUGAAUGACUGCUCCUUUAUGGAGUACAAAUUCUGAAUAUUUCUUUUGAAAUGACAAUAAUGUGCAACAGUUAAAUGCAUGUUGUUAGUUAUGCAGUGAGCACUGCUGUAGAUGCUGUAAUAACAUUGAAGAGGAAGAGCAGAGCGAAGUCAGCCACAAGUGUGUGUGGGAGGGGAAUACUUUCCUUUGGCUAUCCUUGAGUGUCAUUCCUCUCAAAUCAUUUUAGCACAAUAAGGAAAUGGCUCUUCAAGUUCCUAUAGCAAGUCGGCAUUACCCAGAGCUGUUAGUGAAUGCAUGUACACAGAUGCAGAGUGUCAAGUAGAGACAGGGUCACCACUUAAACCCCACAAUAGGAACCACAGCUUUAAUGAUCUGAGCCAGGGGAAGCAAUAAAAGACACAGUAAGUAAACCCAUCAUCUUAAUAAUGAUUAUAUAAAUAUACAUACCUGUGGUAUCGCUGCUCAGUCCUCAUCUGUCAGCAGGUGUAUCAUAGGAAUGGUGCUGUGUGCAUGUUUGUAAAUGUGGACGCAAAAUGAUUGCUUAAGGCAAAGACUUAGUUACAGUUACUCACUCCAGUGAAUGGUCUUCAGUGCAUUUAGUGCUGCUUUGUAACGCAGUAUGUUCUGUGCUCUUCCCAGUGUUAUAUUCUUUUUUUUUUUAGUGUCAUGUAUUGUGUCAUUACCAUUAUUAGUGUGUCUCCAUUGUUUUACUUCAGAUGUUUUUAUAAUCUUUUCAUGCCACGGUACGUGUGUCAAUCAACGACUGACAGUGACAUCUGUCCCUCAUCAGAGUUUUCUGUGUCAGUUACUUUUAUUCUCAGUUUAAGGAGAGCACGGCUUUAAAUUUUGAACACUCUCCAUCAGCUGUCAGUCAGAAAUUGUUGUGACAUGCUUUUCUGCCUUCCCCGCUGUAUAAAAACCCUCAUUAUUUGCCAUAUGGUCAGGUGGAUCUGUUUAUGGGUCUCCUACAGAACUUUCUCCCACGCAGUCUUGGCAAGACGGGACAUAUUUUUCUUUCAACCUUGACCACAUGGAGGCACUGUAGCUUCAUUAUCCUGUUACUGAGGCAGCCUGAAUUAUGUUCUGUUAUAGGGAGACAAUGAAAUACAGAUCCCCUGCUAACUGGAUUGCCUCCUCCUUAUUGGUUUAUUCAUGGUUGCUCCUCAUUAGAGUACCUCAGGUGACACUUAAAGGUCAAAAUGCCAUGUAAACCAAUAAUCGUGUCACUGCAGCUCACAGGUCUUAGUUCCCUCUCUUGGAGAAAGGUAACACUUAUGUAACACUUCCCCUCAAUGCAAUAUCACUUAUGAGGGCAUCCAUCGGUUAUGUGGCAGAGAUUAAUUCUGUAGAUAGAGCGCUCAUAUGCAGUUACUUUUAAGUACACUGUCAUUUAUGUGUAUAUGUUGACUUAUAUGAUAACCACGUACUGUAAAGUGUAUUUAUUAAAUGAUUGAGAAAAUA